CCACACUUAGCACACGCUGAGGUUGUUGAUGCACAUGCUGGCGGCACUUUGAAUGGCCAAGGAGGGGAGAAAUGGCUAAAGUGACCUCAAAAUACUACUACUAGUGUACAUAGAACUAUAGGACAGUAUUGCAAUGAAGAUGUGAGGCAGAGAGGAAAUAUUAUCACCAGUCACACCUAAAUCCUGACCCAAUCAAACAAUGGGCUGUAAGGAAAGCAUCUUGGUGACUCAGUCCCAGGCUAACGGCACUGAAUCAACGACAGCUCUAACAGGUGCCCACGCCUACAGCCAAACCUCACUGCCAGUGGAGAAUAUGUUAGCAAAUGAUGCAACAGGAACCAAUGUGUGUUCUCGCUCUAUAGACACACAGACAGAGUCCGGGUUCUUCAUCAACUUGCCCUGGUCCCUGCUGUGUAGUCCUUUCCCUGCCAGACACCCCUAUAACCAACAGGCUUCUACAUCAGAGAGUGGCUACCACUCCACUAUGGUGGAUGAUAUCUCUGUGUCAGGCUCAGUGUACACCAUCAACCUGAGCCUCUACCACAAUGACCACCAUCACUACCAUGGGAACUACAUCGCAAGGAUGGACUCCUGCCAAAAUAUCCAAUUAGGGGACAACAACGAACUGUUCUCAAACUGCCAGCUGAGGCAGAACUGUAGAAAUUGCACUAAUUCGGAGAGACCAUCUUCACUGGUUGUCUAUGAGACCUCAGUAUGAUGCAAAGAUGUUUCCUGCAGAAUACACUGGACUAAAGACUUCAGGGCAAGGUUUUAACAUUUCCCAUACAAUUCCCACACCUUAGAAAGCUACAUGGGCAUAAACUGUGAACUAGAAUCUUUUGUGAAAGAAAAAUCAUACAUGGGUUGUGAAGGAUGAGAAUUUACCAAAGACCCUGUUCAUACUUUAAUAGAUUUUAUCAGAGACUGUUUCAGGGCAGUACUGUUUACCAAGGACCCCCAUUGAUAUUUCACUAGAUAUUAUCAGAUAAACUUUCAGGGUUUUGGCAGUACUACUCAAGGAUGGUAUACAAGGCAAUGGGGGCAAGCUUAGCUAGGGUACUAACUGCAUACUUUGGAGUUUUGCAAAACUCCCUCAAUGAUAUAAAUUUUUCUUGCUCACAGAGCUCUACUCUUUGCAUAAUAAUGGAAUAUUGCAAUUCUCAUCGUAAAGGCUACACCUCAGGAAUAAUUGGGACUGUACGAUUUUCUUACAAUUAUCUAGAGAUGUCUCUUAUCACACAAGGAUGUUCAACAUAUCACAACUCAGCACAUUCCAUAUGCUGUACAUUAUCUCUGGUUUUUGUAUUGCUGCAAAAAUCCAUGUGAUGGACUACAAUAUUGAUGAGGAACAAAAUGAUCUCUAAAAUUAUUUUGCCAAACAAUAUUUUCUUCAAUUAUUAUUCUACAUAAAGUAAUUAUUGCUUGUAGAUACAAUAUGGGAAAAUAUUACAAAGGGUAUCUGCCAUAAGCCAUAAAAACAUUAUGAUAGUCAUAGAAAUACUAGUCUUUUUGUUAUGCUUUUAGAAUAUUAGCUAAUUAUUAUGAAUGAAGUGCAGAUGGUAGAAAACAAGAAGUUUCAGACACACAAAUAGUAUAUUAAUUAUGUUGUGCUUUUAGUGCAUAAGUAAGUUAUGAAGUCCAAUACAAAUAUUUCUUAUAUAAGACAUACAGCAUGCAGGUCAUUAUUUUCUCCAAGGCAGCGUGAUAACUUAUUUCAUAGUUAAGCAUUUGAAAGAAGAACCUUACAUAUUUUAAGCCUGUUCAAAUAUGUUUUUUUGUUUUAUGAUUUUUAAAUUUUAUAACAUGCUUACAUUUAAUUUCAUCCUCCAUACCAUUUGGAAUAUUUUACUGGGUACAAAAUAUCAAUCAAAGUGCAUUGUAGAAUAAGCAGUAAAGUUUGUACUUGUAUAUUUCCCAACAAUCAAAAAUAAAUUGUUUGCAUUGUUGUGAAAUUAAGAUAUAUACUCGAUCCAAUCUGUUGCAAGAGAUUCUGUAAAUAAUUGUUUUACUGAACAGAUGUAAGUGACUCCAUGAUUCACUGGUAAUAAGAUAUAAAUAUACAUAGACUGCUUAAAUUACUGCAGUAUAAAGGAAUAUUGAAGCUAUUUCAAUGUCCCAAAAUCACAAUUAUACGGAACUCUUUUCAUCUAGAUUGUGUGUUUUGUUGGUAGAUUUGAUAGCAAUAAAAUAUUCAACUCUCCUGUUA